AUGCAUAUUGAAUCAUUGACGAUCCAAGGUUUCAAAUCAUACCGAGACGCCACUUCAGUCGAUCACUUUUCCCCCGGAGUCAACGUGGUCGUUGGCCGCAAUGGUUCCGGAAAAUCAAAUUUCUUCUCUGCCAUCCGAUUUCUCCUGAAUGACCAAUACGGUUCACUGACGCGGGAAGACAGACAAAGUCUCCUACACGAGGGUUCGGACAACAAUUCAACUUUUUCGGCUUUUGUUGAGGCAGUAUUUGACAAUUCGGACCAAAGAUUUCCGACUGGAAAAAGUCAAGUUAUCAUCAGGCGGACCAUAGGCUCUAAGAAGGAUGAAUAUUCUCUCGACAAAAAAUCGACCCCUAAGGGCGAGAUUAUGUCUCUCUUCGAAUCCGCCGGCUUCAGCAAAAGUAACCCCUACUACAUAGUGCCCCAAGGACGAAUCACGCACUUGACAAAUAUCAAGGAUGCAGACCGGCUAAACCUCCUCAAAGAAGUAGCUGGAACCCAAGUUUAUGAAGAACGUCGUUCGGAAUCUGUCAAGAUAAUGGACGAUACAUCGGCUAAAAGAGUUAAAAUCGAUGAAUUACUGGAGUCCAUUGAAACACGCUUGAACGAACUUGAGGAGGAAAAACAGGAACUUAAAGAAUAUGAUCAAUUGGACCGUGAAAGAAGAUGUCUGCAGUACGGUAUAUACAUGCGAGAGAUGAACGAAAUCAGCGAUUCUCUCGAAAAUAUCGAAUCAGCGCGACGUAAAGACCUUGAAGAAGCAAAUGGACUACGUGCUCAGUCUGUAGACCGUGAGCGACAGAUUAGCGAUCUUGAAAGUCAGCUAGCAAUUGCAAAACACAAAUUGGAAUCUCUCGCACAAGAUAAGCUUCAGCUGGAACACGAAAGGCGUGAAUCGAUUAAGGCUAAGACGCAAGUUGAAUGUAUGCUGAGGGACUCAGAAGAGCUGAAGGAGAAGGAUGAAAGUAGAAAGGCGAAAUGGGAGGAUGAAGCCAAUCGACUGAAAAGGGAAAUCGAUUCCAAAACUAAGCAAUUGACAGUGAUCAGACCGAAGCACGAGGCGCAAGAGAAAGAAUAUAAUCAAAUUGCUGAACGAUUGAGUGAGCUCGAGACCGUCAUCAACUCUUUAUACGAGAAACAAGGCCGGUCCCACCAGUUUCGCACUCAGAGAGAGAGAGACCAACAUAUACACGGAGAGCUCAAGAAACUAAACGAACUCGUCAGAUCACGCGAAGAGUCCUUACAACAAGUGGUAUCGGACGAACAGCACGUAAAGGAGAAUCUCGCUGAGGUUGAAUCUCGGGCAUUGGAAGUUCGAACAAAGAUUGAUGAUCACAAACAAUGGAUGCAUGAAAAAACAACCGAACUCUCAAAAAUCAAAGCUGAACAUCAUCAAUUGACCGAACAACGAAAAUCACUUUGGAAAGAAGCUACCCGAGUAGUUCAGCAACUGCUAAAUGCUACGAAUGCCAAGGAGAAAGCAGUCAAAGACUUGCGUCUCACGAUGGAUCGUAACUCGUCGCAAGGAUUAGACAUGGUACAGCUAAUCAUGGCGAGAGGUGAUGUACCUGGGAUCUACGGACCGCUUUACAGCCUUUUUGAGGCCGAUGAAGCCCAUAAAACGGCUGCCGAAGCAACGGCUGGCAAUGCCCUAUUCCAUGUCGUGGUCGAUAAUGACGGGACCGCCCAACGAGUGCUGGAAAUCUUGGCCAAAGAAAAAAAAGGGCGUUGCACUUUUAUACCUCUCAAUCGGCUCAAACCUAAGAAUGUCCAAUAUCCAUCUGAUAACGAUGCGAUCCCGCUCAUACACAAACUGCACUACGAUCAAAAGUAUCAGCUAGCUUUUGAGCAGGUGUUUGCCAAAACUAUUGUUUGUCGCAGUCUUGAGGUUGCCGGUGCCUACAUGCGAUCUCAUCAUCUCAACGGGAUCACGUCGGAUGGCGACAAAGUUGAUAAGAAAGGCAGCAUUUCUGGUGGUUACCAUGAAACCCGUAGGUCGAGGUUGGAAUCUGCGAAAGAGAUUCAAGUCUGGAGUCAGAGGUGUGAUGAGGAAUCCGCGAGAUCUCGAGAGGUCAAAGCGUUGAUUCGCCAAUUGGAUCAACAAAUUACUCAGCUCAUAGGACAAAUCAAACAUGUAGAGGGCGACUUCGAGCGUAAGCAAAAUGAAAGAGCGCCCCUUGCAGCUGAACUAUCUUCUCUGCGAGAGAGCAUCGAAGCUUUGAAGCUCCGAAUACAAAAGUUUGACCGACUACGACAAGGCCAAGCAUUCGACGUCAAGAAUUUGAAAACUCAGAUCAAUCUUCUUGAAGCGGAAAUGAGCAGCAAAAUGCGGACCACUUUGAGUGACGAAGAGCUUGAGAGACUGAAUUCAGCAACAACUGAGAUGGAUUCACUCAAAUUGAAGAUGCUAGAUGUCAAUAAGCACAAAGUGGAGCUAACAAACCAAAAAAACAUGAUCGAAAUAGAGCUCAAAGAAAAGCUGGACCGUAAACUUGAGGAAAUCAACAAGAAAAUUGAGCGGAUUGGCGAGGAUUCGACCCUAUCACAACCAAGCUCCAAUGAGCUCGAGUUCGGUCAGAAUGAGUUAUCUACCCUGACUCGAUCCAUCGAGGAAAAUAACGCUCAGUUGACGAACAUUGCCAACGAGAUAGAAGCUCUGAACAACAGUAUCCAACGGAAUGAAUCUAAAAUCGAAAAGCUACAAGCUGAACAAGCCGAAGAUACCCGGGAGGCGACAAAGCAAAGCAAGAACGUUGAGCGGUAUUGGUCCAAAAAGCUCCUCUUACAACAACGGCGUGAUGAAUGUAACAAUAAUAUCAGAAGCUUGGGGGUUCUACCGGAGGAGGCAUUCGAAAAGUAUAUCAGACAUCGCACGGAGAAGUUGCUCAAAUCCUUACAAAAGGUCACUGAAUCUCUGAAGAAGUACUCGCAUGUCAACAAAAAAGCGAUCGAGCAAUACCAAAAUUUUACGGAAGAAAGGGACAAGCUCAUUGAACGGCGUGAAGAGUUAGAGAAAUCUGCAGAAUCGAUUACUGACUUGAUCGAAGUUCUCGAUAGGAGAAAGGAUGAAGCGAUUGAACGGACCUUCAAACAAGUAUCAAAGAACUUUUCUGAGGUCUUUGAAAAAUUAGUUCCCCUGGGUAGAGGCAGAUUGAUUAUGCAGAAGCGGUUGAACGAUGACCAACGUGAUGAAGAUGACAGCGAAGACGAUGGCGCGCAGCAUGCCGGAUUAAUAAGUCAAUAUACGGGUGUCUCCAUAAAAGUAUCGUUCAAUUCUAAAUCUGAUGAGGGAUUGAGAAUUCAACAACUUUCAGGCGGGCAAAAAUCACUGGUAGCAUUGGCCACGAUCUUUGCCAUCCAAAAAUGUGAUCCUGCGCCGUUUUAUUUGUUUGAUGAAAUUGACGCGAACUUGGACCCUGACAGGCGAACAUCUGUCGCAGCUAUGAUAGGGGAGCUAGGAAAAGAAGCUCAAAUGAUUUGCACGACUUUCCGGCCGGAAAUGUUGGAACAUGCUGAUCAGUUCUGGGGGGUUAUUUUCAACCAACGCAAGAUUAGUACCAUCAAGCAAAUCGAAAAAACACAUGCCAAGCAAUUCGUCGAGUCAAACGAACGUGCGCCUCCCACGGUCACAUGA